AUGAAUUUUCUAGUUUUUAUAUUGGUGGUGUUUUGGGCGCCGCCAAUUCGAUCAGUUUUGGAUGCAGCCUGGUGGUGAGUUUUUUGAAAAGUGGAAUUUUUUAAAAAAAUUUAUGGACAGUGAACUUUUUCGGAAAAAAAUUCUGCCAAGGUUUGGAAAAAUGACUUCCCGUGUUUCAUUAGAAGAAACCCUUAUAUGUAGUCUCAAAAUACGAGUUUAGUGAUCAUUAAAGAUUCACUCAAAACCUCUGAUAGGUAUUCUCGUUCAACUUCCACCUCUCUAUCUAAAACUAUUCAAUUCCAGGUCAUCGGUAGCCCAACUCUCGACUUCUCUUGCUGGUCACAGUGCUCCUCGACCUGUCUGCAAACAACUACAAGGUCUAUCCCCAGGUCAAGCUCAAGUCUGUGAAUUAUUCAAAGAUCACAUGCCUGCUGUAUCCGCUGGUGCUCACAAUGCCAUUCAAGAAUGUCAAAAACAAUUCAACGGUCAUCGAUGGAAUUGUUCAACACAUUAUGGAAGUGGACAUCUUGGACCAAUUCAUAAGUUUGCAACACGAGAAGCUGCAUUUACUUAUGCCAUAUUAUCAGCUGGUGUGACACAUGAAAUCGGAAGACGAUGUAAACAAGGACAAUUGACAUCUUGUGGUUGUUCGGAUGAACAGAAACCGAAAAAUGUGAAGAGUGAUUUCAGUUGGGGAGGAUGUGGUGAUAAUGUCGAAUAUGGUUAUAAAUUCUCACGGUGAGUUGAAAAAAAAGUUGAUUCAGACUCGAAAUAUUUUUUCUGACAUAAAACUGAAAGCAAUUUUUUUGCAGUGAUUUCAUCGAUAUCCGUGAAAAAGAGCACGAUCCUAAACGUAACAGUGGCAAUGGACGAAGUCUGAUGAACCGACGAAAUAAUGAAGCCGGCCGAAAAAUUCUGAAGAGACAACGGAGGCCAAAAUGCAAAUGUCAUGGUGUUUCAGGAGCAUGUAAUAUGAAAACAUGUUGGAUGCAAUUACCAUCAAUGGAUGAAGUUGGAAAAAUAUUGAGGAAUAAGUAUGAGAAAGCUAUUCGAGUACAGGUUAGUAGUAUAUCUCGGCAUAUCCAGGUGUUAAUUAUACAUUUUUUAAUUACAGAUAAAUGAUCGAGGAAAUCUUCAAUUAAUGAUGGAUGAAACAGCAGGAAAAGAGCGAAAAACUCGUGCUCUUCCAACAGAUCUCGUUUUCAUGGAUGAUUCUCCAGAUUAUUGUCGAUAUGAUCGAAGUGCAGGAACUUUGGGCACCGAAGGUCGAAUUUGCCAACGUGGCGCUUCCGGUGCCGCAGGUUGCGAUAGUUUGUGUUGCGGUCGUGGAUAUAAUACGUAUACGCAAGAAGUACAACAAAAAUGCAAUUGCAAAUUUGAAUGGUGUUGUAAGGUAGUAUGCGAAAUGUGUAAAAAUGUGACGCAAGUCGAUAUUUGUAAGUAG